ACGUGAUCUUAACAUAACUGCGGCUGCGGUUGCGCGGUUGUGUCAAACGUCUGUUCAGCACCGGAUCAGUUUGGCUCGCAGGACAGAAGGCGACACAUUCUGGAUCGUUACGAACGAGCUAUUGACAAUGUCGGAUAAAGAAGAGCAGUCCGAUCGUGAGGAGGACAAGGUCGUCCAGGAAGAAGCUGAGAAAGAGGAGCUGAACAACAACAACCUGUUUGACGAUGACGAGGACGAGCUGUCUGAUCUCGACGAGGACCAGUUCCAGGACAUUAACGAAGACAACGUCGGUUUGCCCAUCUCAACUGAUGUGUUUCAGAAAGUGCAGCGGCAUAAGCGGGCGAAGGAUGACUCUGAGCCUGCGGCGCCGAAGAAGAGAAAAGAGAGGACGAGGACAGCGAGAAGGAGCGAGGCGGCAGGUGAUGAUGGGAAGCCCGCGAGAAAGCGCCAGCCGAAGAAGGCGGAAGAGGGUGGCAAGCCGAGAAAUGACUAUGAGAGUUUAGACCCAGAUGCGCGACGAUUAAGGGAGCUGGAAGACAAGCUCGAUGCCGCACUGAAACCCCAGAAAAAGAGAAAGAAAGUGGAUGAGGACGAUAUCGAGCAAAUGCAGGACGAGCGAAUUGUUCGAGUGCGGGAUCAGAUGCGUGAGGCCGCGAUGAGGGACGCCGAGGCGAUCAAGGAUGGACUGCCGGCUGUGCACAAGCUGAAGAUGCUCCCUGAGGUUCGCAGUAUUCUACAAAAGCACUCCCUUUACGAUUCGAUUCUCGACAACAAUAUGCUCGAGUCAGUACGACUGUGGCUCGAACCAUUACCUGAUGCCUCGCUUCCUUCGUACAGCAUCCAGAAAGAGAUGUUUGCCGCUCUGGAAGAGCUGCCGAUCAAGACCACUCACCUUCGAGAGAGUGGGGUGGGCAAGGUUGUGCUGUUUUACCAGCAGAGUCGGAAACCUGAGGUUUCCAUCAAGCAUAUUGCAGAGAAGUUGGUUGGCGAUUGGAGUCGACCGAUUAUAAGUCGGAACAAAAAGAGAAAUUUAGUGGUGAGGUAGACUGAUGUAUGCACGAUAGACUACAUUGGCUGUCUUUCAAAAUUAUAUUUCAAUGAGGAGUGUAUGCUGGGAUAAGAGGAUUCUUGAGUACAGGUUUCAAAAGUAACUGCUUUAGAUCCUCGUGGAUGUAUUGACUGUAAAAUAAAAUCUUUUGAAGCAUAUGGAUGACUUAUGGCUUCUGCGGCUAUAUGGCCGGAGAUGGAAAAUGUAGUUUGGGGUUGCUGCGUCAAAUUACUGUCGGUC